AUGGAACAUAAUCAAUUUGAAAUAUUCCUUAGAAAUACCGUGUUUGGUAGAUUAUCUUAUCACAUCUCCAAAGGUAAAAUUUUCAAACAUGAUGAUGAAUAUGAUGAUUAUGAAAUCCCCACUAAAUUUUCAAACGCCAAUGAAGAAAUAAUUGUUGAUUGGGAAGAUUCCAAUGAUUUAGCAAAUCCAAGAAAUUGGUCAUUACUAUCAAAAACCAAUUUCGUUCUUUUAAAUGCAAUAGUUUGUUUAUCAGUUUAUAUUGGAGCUGCAAUUUAUACACCAGGUAUUGAAAUCGUGGAAAAGGAAUUAAAUGUCUCCAAAACGGUGGCAACUUUACCUUUAACAUUUCUCGUUAUAGGUUAUGGUAUUGGUCCUUUAGUUUUUGGUCCAUUAAGUGAACAUCCUAAAAUUGGUAGAUUACCAGUUUAUUUCAUUACAACUUUUAUAUUUAUGAUUUUACAAAUCCCUACUGCUUUAGUCAAUAACAUUACUGGAUUUAUUAUCUUAAGAUUUAUUGCUGGUUUUUUUGCAGCUGCUCCACUUGGUAUUGGUCCUGCUGCAAUUUGUGAUGCUUUAACAAUCCCAUAUGGUCCAAUUGGUAUUGGUAUUUGGUCAAUUUCUGCGGUAUCAGGCCCAUCGUUUGGUCCUUUAGUUGGUGCUAUUUUAACAGUUAAAAAUAAUUGGAAAUGGGGGUUUUGGUUCUUGUGUAUAUUUGAUGGGAUAUCUUUAUCAUUAAUGUUUUUUUUAUUCCCAGAAUCAUAUGAAAAGACAAUAUUAUACAAGAAGGCCUUAAGAUUGAAAUCAAAAACAGGAAAUUCAAAUAUUACAUCAAAUGGUGAAUUAGAAUUAUCUAAAUUAAAGAACACAAUUGCUAUAAUCAAAGAUACAUUAUGGAGACCAAUUGAAAUGACCAUAACAGAACCUGUUGUUUUAUUAAUCCAUAUAUAUACUUCAUUGAUGUAUGCACUUAUGUAUUUAUGGUUUGAAGCUUUCCCAAUUGUUUUCGCUGAAAUUAAAGGUUUUACAUUAAUCUUAAUGGGAUUAUCAUUUUUAAGUUUAUUUGUUGGUACAAUUAUAGGUGUUCUCAUUUAUAUACCAUGGACUUUGAAAAUUUUUACAAGAAAAGUUCAAAAAGAUGAAACUAUUGAACCAGAAGUUUUUUUACCAAUGACUAUUUUAGGUUCAAUUUUAAUGCCAGUUGGGUUAUUUAUAUUUGGUUGGACAUCAUCACCAGAGAUCCAUUGGUUUAUACCAAUGAUUGGUUCAGGUGUUUUCGCAAUUGGUGCUUAUAUUGUUUUCCAAUGUUUAUUUAAUUAUUUAGGUAUGUCAUUUUGGAGAUACAUGGCUUCAGCAUUUUCAGGUAAUGCAUGUAUGAGAUCAAUACUUGGUGGUGCUUUUCCUUUAUUUGGACGUGCAUUAUUUAAAAAUCUAGGUCCUAAUAAGAAAUUUCCAGUUGGUUGGGGUUCAAGUAUUCUUGGAUUUAUAACUGUUGUUAUGAUUGCAAUUCCUGUGGUUUUUUAUCUUAAUGGUCCUAAAUUAAGAGCUAGAUCUAAAUAUGCUGGUGUGGCUGAAGAAGAAACGAAGGAUAUUGAAACAUCUGAUAAAGAAUUAGAAUCUGUUUGA